AUGUCAUCUCCAGGAGUUGACAGGUUGACAGAAGAAAAUGUCCACAAGUUGGAAGAAUCCUACUUCAACAACACUCAGCCAUUGGCCAAUAAACUUGGUGGGUUUAAAGAUCUCAAAGGAUUUGAUGAUAGAAAUUUCAUGCUCACCAGUGCCAACCGGAUGUAUAAUGCCUUGGAUAGUUCUGUUGUUGAUAUCACCACCUAUCAAAUCUUGAGGGUUCACAUGUUGCGGAUAUUUUUGACGAUCUGGACCUAUUUCCAAGCUCAAUACUGGUACUAUGCGAGAUUUUGGGACGACAUCAAGGAGAUAAACUCUAUCUGUUGUUAUGAAUUAAAUACGACUGUACAAAGAAACUCCUCAAUGCUGAAGUACUCUGCUAUUAACCAAGUUUCGGCCAUUUAUCUUUAUCUUUCACUCAUGCCCAACGUGGUAUCUAGAGUGAUCUAUCAACAGAUGCUUUGGUGUGUACCUUCGGGACUUUCGCUGUUUCAGCUCGCAACUCCAAAGAGAGACUUACCCGAAACGAUGACUUUGAUACUUAACGUAAAGAAUCUAUUUCCUGCAGCACCUCCUGAAAUCCCUCAACCGUAUUUGGAUAGCGAAAAGAAGAUAAAAGUACCUGAUAAAAAGGACGUACAAAUGGUAUUGGCCCUUAGAAACGACUACUUCACUCAAAUCAGAGUUAACUUGGCAGCAGAAAAGGUGAAGUUGUUGACUGAAGUAGCAAAAUUCGUCACUUGGAGUGCAUUAUUGCCUACUACCAAUGAGCUCUAUAUCUAUGAGAGAUUUGGGUUGUUAGUCUCAAAUAGUUUAGUGGAGUCGCUCCAAAAUAUUGCUGAUGCCAUUUUGAGUGAACUACAUAGUUUCAGCAAUGCGUGCAACAACAGAGAGUUAGACGAGUUCAAAGUGAAUCUCCCAAAGAUAAUUCUUGUUCAUAUGAAUUCCAAUGAGAGACUCCAUGUAAAUGAGGCUGAAUCCACAGACCCAGAUACAAACACCAUUGGGCCUGAAUCUAUCGAUAGCAUCGUUAGUGCUGGUCCGGAGAAAAGAGAAUUGAUUGUUUACCUAUGUGAUGCGAUUUCAAGAGACGAGACUGUUUUAAGAUUGGUCAAAAGUAAUCUUGACGAAAUCGAAUUUCCUGAAUUCAAUCUGAUUUUCCCACCCUCUACUGACCUUGUUUUCGUUGCGGAAGGAUACCUGAACUAUGAUUAUCGUUGGAGCAGUGAACAAAGUGAAAGUGUAGAUAGUAUCUUUUAUUUCUCUCACCUUCCUUUUGGAUUCAAUGGCUUUAACAGAGCUCUCUAUUCUUUUGCUAUCCACAAAUUUAAGUAUUUGGCAAAACCAAAAAGUGUUUCAUUUAUUGACAAUGGAUACGACCAAUUAGAAAGAAUUCUUGCUCCAUUGAAGUAUAUAUUCAAGUGGCUCCGAACAGAUAGGAAGCAUAAAACUCCUACUAAAGAAUCUUCUGAUAUUGAUGGGAACUAA